UGAUCAGAAUGUCGAGCAAAACGGAGUAGACAGGACAGGCAGACACCAACGAGUAUUUAUUCACUUCGGCUUUCUUUAGUUUAUUCGUUCACAUUUAAUAUAGAAAUAAGAUGACGGAGCCGCAGUCAGCACUGUUACUCAGAAGACAGUUGGCAGAAUUAAAUAAAAAUCCAGUCGAGGGUUUCUCUGCAGGACUGAUAGAUGAUAAUGACCUUUACAGAUGGGAAGUGCUGAUAAUCGGUCCUCCUGACACAUUGUAUGAGGGUGGAGUGUUUAAAGCCCAUCUAACAUUUCCCAAAGACUAUCCUCUCAGGCCUCCCAAAAUGAAAUUCAUCACAGAGAUAUGGCAUCCAAACGUUGACAAGAACGGUGACGUUUGUAUCUCUAUUUUGCACGAGCCGGGAGAGGACAAGUAUGGCUACGAAAAACCAGAGGAACGUUGGCUUCCCAUCCACACUGUGGAGACCAUUAUGAUUAGUGUUAUAUCUAUGCUAGCGGAUCCCAACGGAGACUCGCCGGCCAAUGUUGAUGCAGCGAAAGAGUGGAGGGAAGACAGACACGGUGAAUUCAAGAGAAAAGUUGCACGCUGUGUACGAAAGAGCCAAGAAACUGCCUUUGACUGAUGUUCAUUCAGCAGCCUGUAGCGUCACUAUUUUCAGGGUAUCCAGUCAAGAACCAACAUGGCACUGUUUUCCUGCCCUCCACCACCAUAUUGCCAGACUCUUCUUGAUUGAACGUUGGCAGAAACUGGCUGGCAUCAAUAAGCUGCAAUGGAACAAUAACAGCUUGUUCAUGGACGCAAACAGCCAAGCACGUGCCAACACCAAAAAAAGGACAGAAAACUAUACCAUGUGACGAAUACACAUUUUUACGCUAUGGACUAAUAAAACUUUCAGGAAAGAAA